UCGAGGGAGCGGUGGGGGAGCGGUGAGGGAGCUCCUUUUGCUUCCCCGAGGCCCGGAGUCGAGCCUCCUGAGGAGUCGUCGUCCCCCCCCCCCCUUCCGAUAUUCUCGAUAUUCUCGAGUUCCCUCGCCCGGGGACCAUGCCGGCUCUGCGGCUGCCCUCGCUGACGACCCUGGCGGUGGUGGCGUUCGUCGCGUACCUCGCGAACAUCGCCUACGUCCUGCACGGGGUCCUCUACACGGAGCCGUGCGGCGCAGGCCCCCAGUGCGUCACCUCGGCGCUGCACGCAGAGCCCGCGCCGCGCCUGCAGCUCAGCGUAUAUACAGCCCUGGAGCAGAGCGUGAGGCGAGUGAGCAGCCUUCACUUCGCCCUGAACAUCGACCCCUUGGACGUGCAUUCCUCGUCCCACAGGGAGGUGAACGUGAGUCUGCCCGUGCGCACGCGCAGCAACGGCAGCCUGUUCGCACACGUGUUCGUACAUCGUGCCGGGGAGCUGCCCUGGCAGGACGAGCAAGCAGUGCACGGGGUGGCGAUGCUCACCACGCACAUGGUGCCGCGGCCCGACGUGGUCAACCUCAUGACCCGCAAUGAGUCGGCACAAGCAGCACCCAGAGAGGACCCGGUCACUCAUUGGCGCUCGCAGCUCACGCUCUCCGUAAUGGCCGACGCUGUCUCCCUGGACCCGCGCGCUGUGCCUGCCGAGCUCAUGCCAUACUUCACCAAGUCACCUCGAGACAAACACCACUACCUGCCUAUUCUCUACGUGGAUGAGCUGAGCAACCGCAUAAAAGAUCUUGUUGUUGUGCAGAGCAGCGUGGGCAUGCUGCCCCUGGCGGUGCACUUCAGCCCCAUCUCCCUGAGCCGCCUGCGUCUAUGGCUGCACAUGCAGCACGCCAUUGAGUCCCUGCAGCAACUGGGCUUCACGGAGAAGGAUGUGGACGAGGUGAAGGGGAUCUUCGCCGACACAAAUCUCUACUUCCUGGGUCUCACCUUCCUCGUGGCCGCCUUCCACCUGCUGUUUGAUUUCCUGGCUUUCAAAAACGACAUCAGCUUCUGGCAGAGCAAGCGCGACAUGGUGGGGAUGUCUGCCCGCGUGGUGCUAUGGAGAUGCUUCAGCACUGUGGUCAUCUUCCUUUUCCUCAUGGAUGAGCGCACCAGCAUGCUGGUGCUCCUGCCAGCCGGCAUCGGAACGUUCAUCGAGGUCUGGAAAGUGACCAAGGCUUUCAAGCUCAAGCUCACGUGGCGUGGCUGGCUGCCCAAAGUGGAGGUAGGGCCCUCGUCGGCUUCAGAGAGAAAGACGGAUGAGUUUGACUCUCAGGCGAUGCGCUACCUGUCGUACGCCCUCUACCCGCUGUGUGCCGGUGGGGCGCUCUACUCGCUCCUCUACGUCUCGCACAAGAGCUGGUACUCGUGGGUGAUUAACAGCCUGGUGAACGGAAUCUAUGCCUUUGGCUUUCUCUUCAUGCUGCCACAACUCUUUGUCAACUACAAGCUCAAGUCUGUUGCUCAUCUACCCUGGAGAGCGUUCAUGUACAAGGCAUUCAACACAUUUAUAGAUGACAUCUUCGCCUUCAUCAUCACCAUGCCGACGUCUCACCGCCUCGCCUGUUUCCGUGAUGACAUUGUCUUCCUUAUCUACCUCUAUCAGCGAUGGCUCUACCCCGUGGACAAGUCCCGCACCAACGAGUUUGGAGUCUCCUACGAGGAGGACGACGCGUCCGGCAAACCCGUGCCGAGGCAGCCGAGCAAAGCCAAGCACGAGUGACCGCGCUCGGCUUGGCGCCAGAGGAUCGUCGUGGAUGCCCGUCGUACAGACUCGUUACCGAAAUCGCCACGCGCCCUGGCCGGUUUGUAAUGGCCACCGCGCCCUGGCUGUGCCACCGCGACUCGGCCCUGGGGGGUCAUGAUGAGAGGUCACCGCAACGCAGUUGGAACGAGGAAUCGAAUUCGGCCACCGCGGUGCCAUUGGCGCCCAUUAUUUAUUUUUUAAUAUUUCGUCACAGAAUCAAGCGCGUCCCACUCAAGCCAGCUCGUCACGGUCACAUUUUAAUGGGCAGGGAGCGCACGGGAGUGCGCAAGUUGGGUGCGGGGCGAGCCGCGACCCCCAUGCAGCAGUGUUUCCCGGCCGCGCGGACAGAUCCUUCGUGUUUGUGGAGCAGUAGGCGCGAGGGAUGUACGGAACCCUCGUCCUGUAUCCCUGUGCGUUUCUAGUUUGAGCGAGUGUCUUGUCAUGCUUUAAUGAUGGAUGAAAGCAGACAUUGCCAAUAAACCGAGAGCUUUGA